GCCGAGGAAUGUGAAGCGAGUGGGCUGGGCUGAGUGGAGAGUUGCCUAGGGAAGCGGAGCACUUCAGAGCCGCUUUCCCCUUCUCCAGCCUCCUCUGCGGUGGUGAGGUCACAGCCCCUUCCAGCCCUCCCGCCUCCACCCCUCCCGCUCCUGGGUCUCCUCCAGCCUGGGGGAGCCCGAGGCGCAGAGGGCUGAGAAUGAGGCGGUUGCGGAGGAUGAAGAAAUAGCCCCGGGUCCCGCGGAAGAUGAAGCCGGCGCACCUGCUGCCGCUGGUCCUGCUGCUCGCCCUGCCCGGGAGCCUGGGGGGAAAGGGGUGUCCGUCUCCGCCCUGCGAGUGCCAUCAGGAAGACGACUUCAGAGUCACCUGCAAGGAUCUCCACCGCAUCCCCAGCCUGCCGCCCAGUACGCAGACUCUGAAGUUUAUUGAGACUCAUCUGAAAACCAUUCCCAGUGGUGCAUUUUCAAAUCUGCCAAAUAUUUCCAGGAUCUACUUAUCUAUAGACGCAACUCUGCAGCGAGUGGAAUCGCAUUCCUUCUACAAUCUGAGUAAAAUGACGCACAUAGAAAUUCGGAAUACCAGAAGUUUAACUUAUAUAGAUCCUGAUGCCCUCAAAGAGCUCCCCCUCCUAAAGUUUCUUGGCAUUUUCAACACUGGACUUAGAGUAUUCCCUGACCUGACCAAAGUUUAUUCCACUGAUGUAUUCUUUAUACUUGAAAUUACAGACAACCCUUACGUGACUUCAAUCCCUGUGAAUGCUUUUCGAGGACUGUGCAAUGAAACCUUGACACUGAAGCUGUACAACAAUGGCUUUACUUCAAUCCAAGGACAUGCUUUCAAUGGGACAAAGCUGGAUGCUGUUUACCUAAACAAGAAUAAAUACCUGACAGUUAUUGACAAAGAUGCAUUUGGAGGAGUAUACAGUGGACCUACCUUACUGGAUGUGUCUUAUACCAGUGUCUCUGCCCUGCCAUCCAAAGGCCUGGAACACCUGAAGGAACUGAUAGCAAGAAACACUUGGACUCUUAAGAAACUUCCCCUUUCUUUGAGUUUCCUUCACCUUACACGGGCGGACCUUUCUUAUCCAAGUCACUGCUGUGCUUUUAAGAAUCAGAAGAAAAUCAGAGGAAUCCUUGAGUCCUUCAUGUGUAAUGAGAGCAGUAUCCGGAGCUUGCGUCAGAGAAAAUCUGUGAAUGCCUUGAAUGGCCCCUUCUACCAGGAGUAUGAAGACGAUCCAGGGGACAGUAGCAUUGGGUACAAGGAAAAGUCCAAUUUCCAGGAUACCCACAGCAACUCUCACUAUUAUGUCUUCUUUGAAGAACAAGAGGAUGAGAUCAUUGGCUUUGGCCAGGAGCUCAAAAACCCCCAGGAAGAGACCCUUCAGGCCUUUGAAAGCCAUUAUGACUACACCGUGUGUGGGGACAAUGAAGACAUGGUGUGCACCCCCAAGUCAGAUGAGUUCAACCCCUGUGAAGACAUAAUGGGCUACAAGUUCCUGAGAAUUGUGGUGUGGUUUGUUAGUCUGCUGGCUCUGCUGGGAAACGUCUUUGUCCUGUUUAUCCUCCUCACCAGCCACUACAAGUUGAAUGUCCCUCGCUUUCUCAUGUGCAACUUGGCCUUUGCAGAUUUCUGCAUGGGGAUGUACCUACUCCUUAUCGCCUCUGUAGACCUCUACACUCACUCUGAGUACUACAACCAUGCCAUUGACUGGCAGACAGGCCCUGGGUGCAACACAGCUGGCUUUUUCACUGUCUUUGCUAGUGAGUUGUCCGUAUACACAUUGACGGUCAUCACUCUGGAGCGUUGGUAUGCCAUCACUUUCGCCAUGCGCCUAGACCGGAAGAUCCGCCUUAGGCAUGCAUAUGCCAUCAUGGGCGGGGGUUGGGCUUGCUGCCUCCUUCUCGCCCUGCUCCCUUUGAUGGGAAUAAGUAGCUAUGCCAAGGUCAGCAUCUGCCUGCCUAUGGACACCGAGACCCCUCUUGCUCUGGCAUACAUUGCUUUUGUUCUGUUGCUUAACAUAAUUGCCUUUGUCAUCGUCUGCUCCUGUUAUGUGAAGAUCUAUAUCACGGUCCGAAAUCCCCAGUACAACCCCGGGGACAAAGAUACCAAAAUCGCCAAACGGAUGGCUGUGCUGAUCUUCACCGACUUCAUAUGUAUGGCCCCAAUCUCAUUCUAUGCUCUGUCAGCACUUAUGAACAAGCCACUCAUCACCGUUUCUAACUCCAAAAUCUUGUUGGUUCUCUUCUAUCCACUGAAUUCCUGUGCCAAUCCAUUCCUCUAUGCGAUUUUCACCAAGGCCUUCCAAAGGGAUGUGUUCAUCCUACUCAGCAAGUUUGGCAUCUGUAAACGCCAGGCCCAGGCUUACAGGGGUCAGAGAGUUCCUCCAAAGAACAGCAUUGAUUUUCAGAUUCAAAAGGUUACCCAGGACAUGAGGCAGAGUCUCUCCAACAUGCAAGAAGUCUAUGAAUUGCAUGAAAAUUCCCAUCUAACCCCAAAUAAGCAGGGCCAAAUCUCAGAAGGGUAUAAGCAAACAGUUUUGUAAGUUGACCCCGAACACAUCACAACAGUAUGGAAUUUACAAAAGGCUGGUUUCUUGAACAUUCAUUCUAAUCUCAUGACACACCCAACACACAGCUGCCCUAACCCUUGUGCAGGUGAUAAUUCCUAGGGGAAGAGUUUAUCUUUGGAGAGUUACUAGUGUUAAUUGAAUCACUGCCUCCAAGAAGAAAGAGAGGUAACCAGCAUAUCUGAAUCCCAGGUGAUAUCAAAAUAAUCUACAUAUCUGAAAGACUAGCUUGAUGCAAAGUC